GAACCGUAUCAGUCACAAUCGUUCCCUCAUUCGAAACGCUUUACUCGCUCUUAAAUUUCAACCAUGAAGAUCCUGUGCGUAUCGGUUGUGCUGCUGGGCUUCUGUGCAUCGCUCAACAAUGCUGGAAUGUAUCACUACAACAAACAACAUGGAGCACCACCGCCAUCGUAUCCACAGUAUCUGCCGAACUAUGAUGUCCCUCCACCGCAGGAUUACGAAACGCCCAAACAUCACUCCUGGGGAAAUGAACUGUGGAAACCGAUCACGAAUCUCCCAUGGUCCGGACAUGAGUAUGUGCAGGAGGUGCACUAUACACCCCAUUAUCACCACGGCUCAAAAGUACCGUGCCCGCUCAAGGUUCACACCACAACUACAACGACCCACAAGCCUACCACAACGACGACCACCACCACCCAUCGGCCGGUCGAAACCAAGAAGCCACAUCUGCUGCUCGAGAAGCUGACCAACACCCAUAAGCAACCAGCGCACUGAUCGGAAUGUAAUAUUGACCAAUAAAUUGAUCAGAAUCGUGAUUUUGCCAAACAAAAACAAA